GGCUCGUAUUCAAAAUGGCUGCCCAAAUCGCUGAGAGAAUUUCAGAAACAUUUUCAUUUGCGAAAAAGGUAAGGUUCAGUUAAUAUCAGCGAAUAAUUUUUUAGUUCUAGAAUUUUCAAAUGACUCUAUGUGUGCUUCCUACAUUGUUUAAAGGGGCCUUGUCACGACUGUGUUGUUUAUUUUGUCAAUACUGCUGCAAUGUAAACUACCCUUCCUUACGUGACUUACGUUAUAGAGUGAAUUUCUUGGAAAUGACAAAAUCACAGCCUCAUGUCAAACAAAUUUGUCUUAAAAAGCAUUAAGCUUAUGUCAAACGUUACAAACAAGAUCAAAAAACUUUGAAGUUAAGGACUGUUAGGGUAACAUAGUUUUCAAAAACCACUGUUGCAAUGCGUUUUAUUCUUCUUCAAUUUUGUCCAUCUUUGCCUGCUAAGGGAGAGUAAAUCUUAUUUACUGUCAACUUUGACUCUGAAGGUGACUACCACACAGACUGUCGAAUCGUCAGUCACUUUCAACAACGGCUCUUAAUUGCUACUCAAUUGUCAAUAAAUUUAUUGUUUGCAUGAAUUCAGUUUUAAUUUUUUGAUGAACAGAUCAUGAGCAGAUGUGACCCCGAUAUGAAUUGAUGAAACUGGUAAAAAUCAAAGAUAAAUCAAUAAAUGAAACGAGUGUGUCAUCGAUUUCUACCGAUUGAUCGUUACAGUCGAUAUCAAUCAAAUCAGAUUUACCAAUUUUUAUCGAUUUAAUUUAUCGAUUGACUACCUCGGGUAGAGGUGUGCUGCUGAGGCCCUCUAAACCUGUUAAGUUAGUGGUCAAAGCCAGGUCUUGGGAUCAAUGGGAACUGAGUUAACUAUUUUCUAUGCAUAGACUCUGUCUCACACUCUAGAUUUACAUUGUAUCUUUCUAAGGGUGCGUGGAAACUUAACAACUGCUUUUUUGAAGCAGGGAAAGAAACACUUUAUAAUUUCAAUUUGAUAUUACUGGAACUAAUCAACCAAGGCAUCUUAUUGCAGAUGCCAAUGCUAAGUAGAGCUACUUUUGAUGAUGAUAAUCCAACGCCAGGCUACAUAUACCAAGAAAUCAACAGUAUCCUUUCCAGGCUGUGUCAUAUCUCAAAACUUAACAGUGUGGUUCUGAAAAAUAUCUGUACAGUCCCUCCAUUGACCACUUUAGAAACAAGAAGGAAAGACUUUCGGAAUCUAUAGUGGGGACGCACCAAUCAGCUGUGUGGGUGUGUGUUCUGCCCACAGGCAGGUCCUUCCUUAUAGUUCUUGAUCUUAGGCGUGCCUCUUGACCACUACGUAAGGGCUGCCAUCUUUCACUCUAUCCAGCAUUCCCGCUCGAGGUCUACCUGGUGGCCCCUUUUCCUUUAGUCUUCCCUCAAUGACGACUGGGACAAGAUCACUAUGUCGUAGGGUAUGACCAAGCCAGACUUUCUGGGCACUUUCCAUUCAAUUCAUGUUCCGGUUUGAAAUUUCGGAAAUUCCAUGUGCCCAAUGAAAUGGUACAUUCUGGUUGCACAGACCCAACCCAAGCCACUGCGUGUUUGGUUAUUGUUCUUGUAAGGAGGAUACAAAAGAGUGUACUGGGGACAACAAGUUUGUCAAAUGGAACGGGACAUUUCAGUCCGACCGACCGACCGACAGAGAUAACCAGACCAGUCAAAGUGGACCACCUUCAAAGCUGGUCCCGAAUAUUUCAGUCGGACCAAAGCGAAAUGGUCCAUUCCAUUUGAUGUACCAACCGAAAUUUCUGGAAUUUUGGGUUGAAUGGAAAGCACCCUCUGCCUCCUGUUGAUGACAGAUAUGUUGGCCCUCUCCUCACCGACACACCUCAAUACUUCUUCAUUACAGACUUUGUCAGACCAAGAAAUGUUUAAGACCUUUCUCCAAAGCCACAUCUCACAGCUCUCCAGCCUCCACACGUCCUCUUUCUUCAAGGUCCAUUGAUCAGCUGUUGGCCAAUAUUUUUUCCCUUUGUCCCCAGUAAUAGUCUCAGAAGUGGUUGCGAAAGUUACCUUGCCCUAGCUAGUUUCCUUCCGGGGGGGGUGGGGGGUUACUUUAGGAAUUUCUGGGCGGGAAUGUGCCGCUGGGACCCUGGAACCCUUAACCUAUACCAGAACUAGUUCAGCUGAAUUUUCCUUCCCUAUACUAGAGUAAACUCCCCAAAUCCCCCCUAUCCUAGAGUAGCUGUUUCCCUAGUCUAGAUAAAAUCUUCAACCAACUGAUCAGUUUCCUGAAAAAUGAUACCCUAUUCUAGACUCAAACGCUCUGAUUUAUAUACCCUGUCCUAGAGUAAACUGCGUGAAAACCAUACCCUUCACAGUGGCACAUACCUAUAUAGCCCUGGGUUUCCUUCUUGUUUCUAGUUCAUACAAUCCUCAUUGCUAGGCUGGGUAUUCCAAAAUUACCACCCAUGGCAAGAAUUAUUAGAACAGGAUGUCACUAAGAUUUCAAGUUGUUGGGUAUAUACAACAAGUAGAUGAGGAAUCAUACAGCUAGGGAUUUCUUUUGGUUCUAUUUUUCUUCUAUUUUCCUAUGAAAGUAGCCAGGGGAAAUCCCUGACCCUCGGCUCUUAAUUGCAGCCCUGCUAGAAUCACCAAUAAUAAGUGGAUGGUUAUCAAUAAUUGACUGAUUAAAUGUGCUGACCAUCAAUUCCAGAAAAUACCCAUUAAACUUAAUUACAUGUAAGUGCAAAAUAACUAUAUUUUAUUAUAUAAACACCAAUGAAAUACCAGGUGAGCUUUCGCGCAAAAACUUGAUAUCUUCACAUGUGAAAAUAACAUGUUAUCUUAACAUGUGAAAAUAUCACCAUUGCUAUGGCUACAUGAUAAAUUGCGCCCUUCACACCAACAAACUAUUAAAGUGAAAUGGUUUGGUAUCUCAUUGAUGUUUAUAUAAUGAAUAGAACAUUACAUGGCCGCUUGGAGAUACAAAAUUUCUCUUCUCGUGUUGAAAAAAUAUUUCACUCGUUCGCCUCGAAGAGAAAUUUCGUAUCUCCACGUGGCCAUGUAAUAUCCUCUAUUUUUUUUCAGUGCAUGCAUGUAGUUUUGGAUUCAUCAAUAUUUUUGGGUAUAAAUUUAAGACCUCAUUUGGACCCUGUUCUUAUCAUUGAAAUGCUUCAGUUGUACCCCUAUAUGUUAACACCUUCAUCACUCAGCAGAAUGCAGGAUCUAAACGCUAAACAAAGCCCUGCAGCCACAUUGAACACGGCACCAAACAUAUAAAGCUGAUGCCACCAAGGCUAACUGAGACUGUGUCACAUAUAUGUCAUCUGACUAGAGUUACAAGAGGUGGCUCUCUUUGUAGUUAACUGUGUUAAAUUUCAUUCAACUGCAUCUAACCACCAUAAUUAAGGGUUAUUUAGAUGCUGUUUGAACAUUAGUGACUAUGGAAUGUUUUCCUUGACGUGUAUAUCAGGCAUAACUUAUGAAUCAAUUAACAGCUGCAACUCUUUAUUGGAUUAUUUAGUUGUCAGACUGAAAAACAAAUCUCCUUAUGUCAAAUACAAGGUAAGACACAUACCUGAAGUUAUAAGAAAAUAACACCACAGCUGUUUCUCAUUUCAUUCUUAACUGUAUAUAACAGGCCAUUUCCAAGUUCCAAAAACUCUCACUUUCAAAAUGAGGUCAAGUGCAGAACCUUUCUUGUCAAACUCAGUUUUGUUUGCAUGAGAAUAUAAAAUCAUUCUCUUAUCUAUGGCUUUGCACUUAGCCUCACUUUGAAACAGGGGCUUGCAGCAACUUGGAAAUGGCCUAGUGAAAGGCUUGGUGAAAAAGGGAAUAAGUGUGAUUUGGUUAAAAUAAAACUCUUCUUAAAAAUUGUCAGAUUUUCACAUACUGGCAGCCUCAAUCCAAGAGAAUUGGGUGGAAAGAUAUCCCUUUGUAAUAAGGUAGUUUGUUAUUGUGCAUGGCCUGGGGGAAAGCCAUUGUCCCUUGAUGUGUUUAUUUCCUGUUUGUUUCUGAGAAGGAUGUUGCUCAGAACUCUGUAGCAUUCAAUUCAGAUAGGCAAGAAUAAAGUUGUGAAAGGAAUGUUCAUGUUUCACCAUCAUUCAAAUAUUAAAUUUGUUUACCUCAGUGAGGCAAAAAAGGAAUAAAAUUUAUAACAGUGUUUGUUGAUUGUUGGUCACUUGUAUACACAUGCAUGUUUGUUGAUGCUGGCCAUGUGCUGGGACCUUUAAUAGUGUUGUUUGAUAAUUACUGUUCUUGAUAAAAACUUCUUGAUUUUCUAUUUUAGGUCCUUAAAAUUCUCUGUUAUCUAUCAGCCAAUGGCCAUUCAGAGUUCAGAAGUGGUCUUAGACACAAAGCAGAUGUCCUUAGAGAAGCUCAAAGUAAGAUUACAUUAUUUUGUGAAAGGUUUGAACCCAAAAGUCAUUUCAUAAGUAGGUGAUAAGUGUGAUCAUCCAGGUGAGCAUAGUCGUGAAUGUCGGUAGGAGUGAAAUCACUCUGCCAGGACUGUUGUUGAUAGUGCCUGAUGUUUCAACAGCCUGUGCGGUAGUAAUCUUCAGAGCUAGAGUUGAGUUGUGUCAGUUAACGGUAUUAAUUAAUACGGCAAGUGACCUGAUUGGUCAAUUUUGACUAUAACAAUGAACAACUGUUAAACUUCAUAAAUUGUGCAUAAACCAUGAAAUGUUUGAAGCUAAACUAUUGGAAUUCUUUAAUCCUUGUAUUAAAUUUCAGUUUAAAAUGAAAUAGUCACAUUUCUGUUUUAUUCCACAUCUGCUCCAGAAUAUGUAUUGUGGUUCAAUUUUAUCCUUGGUUUAAAUUCAUUAUCAACAUUACCAUACCCCAAAACAAAGGAAAAUAAAAUUUCAGCCAAGGAUUAAAUUGAACAACAAUACUCUUAAGUUGAAAAUAAUUACCGGCUCUAUGAAAUCAAUGUUUACAUUUUUCGCUUCUGUCUGUCGUCCCAUUAUUGACCUCCGAGUAAAUAUAUAAAUAUAAAAUAAUACAUGUUUUCUUCAGCAAGUUCAAGUUUUCUGUAGGUUGUGAUUGGUAGACUUUGAUCCAUUUUGUUUGUUUAUUUAUCUCAUAAUCAUGAUUGACAGUUACAGUGCUGUUCAAGUAAUUAAAGUAUUAUUUUUUUGAGUUUGUCUGUUAUUGAAAAGCACAGUUAAGAUUUCAGUAAUAAUAAUAAUACAUGUGUGGGGUCCAAUCACUCUAUAUUACACUAAUGAUGGUUCUGGUUAGCCAGAAAUGACAUUAUAAUGAUGCAUUUAAAGCUGUUUCAUGCAUGGAUGUGUAUAUGCUGCAACACAAAUGAAUGCUCUGAUUAAUGUUGUGUACCUUUAAUUCACAGAUUUUAUGGGCCCAGUAGAUUAUCUCAAAGGUGAUGGCCCUAAUCAGCAAGUCAGAGCUGCUGCAUCAGUGAGUUUGAUAUUUUGUUCUCUAAUUUUGUCAAUAUUAUUAAUCAAGGUUAACGUAUGCUGGCCACAUUAAUUUUGCGUUUAUUACUGGGUGGUUGGAUAUUGUAUUCCGAGGUCCCAGUAAAUUUGCUGCUGUUUUUGUAAUACAAAAGCCAUAUAAUUUCUCUUGAAUUAUUCAUUGAUUAGCUGUUUUUAUCCUUUUUCUCCUGUUCAUUCCCAUCCUUAUGUAAGUAUGUUUUCCGUCCACUGACUAUUUAAAUUUAUGCCUUAACUAAUGAUCGUCAUACUCAGGGUUGUCACAUGUACACACAACCUUGAAACAGGGGCUGCAGUGGGGGACAAGAGAACUUGGAACUGUGUGAAAAAGCCUGUUACAUAUAGCACUCUGCUCCUAAUGACAAUUUUUCUAUCUGCUUUGGGUUCAUCCCAUCAUCCCCCCACUCCCUCCAGCAAUGUUGUGGCCAAAAAAAGCACUCAUUUCCACCCAUUGUGCUCAAGAUUAACUUUGUCUGGGGUGGGAGGGGAGGGGUCACUAGUUUUACCAAUAUCACUGGAAAUGUCCCAACACUUUUGACCCCCCAUUGUGCCCACCAGGGGGUGGCAGCCAUUGCUCUCAGGGUCCACCAAUCACACAGCCACCUUAACCCAUAACAAUCUGUUACUGAAUGGGUUUUACAGUCAAGCCAGGUCAAGCAUACCCCUCAAGAUUUCAUUAACGAGGCCAAUAGUUAUUCAGUUGAAGUACUGUCCCAUGUUACCCUCGUUAAAUAAAGGUGAUUAUUAUUAUUAUUAUAAUGAAUUGAUUAUUUGAAAAGUGAAUCCAUUAGUCAUUGCCUGGACCAGUAUAAAAUUCAAAUCAGCCUUCCUGCAUGUGGAAUGAGCAGUGAAUUUUUCAUGAUAACUCUUCUGUAGUCGGUCAGAUUGAGAAAUCUGUAAAUGGAUAAAAUUAAUAUUAAUCAACCCACGUUACCAAGACGACACGAGAGUUUGGGCAAAAUAAGUUUAUUGAACCAAGCGGAGAAAGCUGACCGAUAGCUUGACAAUAAACCAAGACGCAACUAGAUUAAAUUAAAUGAAACGAAGGGACAAUAUGGUUAUAAACUCAACAAGAAUACUGAGAUAUAAGGGGGGGAGAGGUGGGCAAGAGGUUACGCGUCGCCUCCGGAUCUAACAAAAGAUGAGCGGUUAAGAAUGUGCGCUCGUUUAUAUAAGACAUUUGACACCUCCGUAACUAGUUAAUUAACGAUCAUUAAUAAAUGAUUACUCAAUCAACCCACGUUACCAAGACGACACGAGAGUUUGGGCAAAAUAAGUUUAUUGAACCAAGCGGAGAAAGCUGACCGAUAGCUUGACAAUAAACCAAGACGCCAAAGUGCCCAAACUAGAGUGAGAAUGUUGGUAGUGGGUUGAAAGAAGACUAAGGCAUAAGUCGAUAAUAAAACUUAGUCGGAAAACAUAGACUGAAGCGUUAAGGCCAUAGCCUUGGCUGCCUGCUGUUUUUGUGUCUGAGAUAAUUCUAAAUAAACAAGAUAAGCGUCGCUCUUCCAGUCUCCCUGCAGUUUGAUUAUUUCGGAUGGAAUAUGGCAAUCAAAUGCGAAAGUCGCCCCACCCCUUCGAAAACUAUGAGGAGAGUAAAGGGACGGGUCGAAAUUGAGCGUAGACAUAACCCGCGAAAGAAAAGCGCAAAAUUGCUUGUAAGUAAUUGGUACUAAACCCGACCCGGAGGAAACUGAAAAAGGGGGGGCAGACACGGGGCCCGGGUUGAGCGCGAAAUAGCGUCGCAAAGCCGAAAUCGGACAAAGGCGAGAGCCAGAAAUCACGGGAAUUGGCAAAAUAAGAGAGCGUUGCUGACACUGAAUGGUCUUCGUGGCUGAAACAUGGAUAUUUGCGCCCGAAGACGUGAAAACCAAAUCUGCCCGCGUGAUAACCUUGGGGGAGAUUUGCCUCGGAUUAUCGAGUACUAGAUUGGAUUUACGCAAAAAGGUGAAGAAAGCAACUAAAAACAGAGCCCACAUAGCCGCAUGUAGCGGUAAAGAAAAAUUGAAAAGAUCAAACGCGGCAUGCAAAAUUGAAGGUGUCAUGGCCGAUUUACGAGAAACGGCCGCACCCAGAAAACGCUUGGCGCCGCGUAAUAAAAGCUGAAAGCGGUAAUCGGAACUCCAAGUGAGUUCAGACCCGGCAAGUUGAUGAGCGUGUUUAAGACUACUAAUAUGGUUAAGCACGGUACCGUAAGCCCGUUUCUGCGCGACUAAAUAUGCUACAUACAAGCUAAUCGAUUUAACACUAAUAGGAAAGGACUGAAGAGCCCUCAGGUCACAAAAAGUCCGAUAACUACGAAUAUGAGCAGCUAUAUUCUUCUGUGUCGAUGUUGCGUGUGCACAGGAGAUGAGACGUGAGACGAAAGACUGCAAUGUGAUGAUAGAAACAUCUGACCGGGAAUGCUGACCUGAUCCCGGAGGGAGGUCUACAAGAGAAAAACAAAACUAAAUAAAAAGAGUGUCACGCAACAUCGAAAGAAAAACAAGCAGAGUCAACAUCUUGAAAAUAGAAAACUUGAUUAAAGUCACAACAAAAGCGAUAAAAGCUGUCGCGAGCUGAAGGAUCGGAGUGCCAGCGACUAAGACAAUCAGCAAACUGAUUGUGUUUGCCAGGAACAUGGAGCGCGCGGACUUCAAAGUCAAAGAGAGCAGAGGUGAACCAUAACUGGCGUAGGCAGCGCUGCAUAAAAGGAUCUUUUGAUGCAUUGGAUGAGAUGACCGUAACAGCCGCGGAGUUAUCACAUGCCACGAUGAAUUUUCGACCUUGUAACUGAGGAGCCCAGUGUUUUAGAGCGACAACGAUAGUGAACAGUUCCAGAGCAUUAAUGUGAAGAGAUUGGAGAGAAAUGCAAUCAGGAAAAACAAAACUGAUACACUGUGUUUGGCAGGUGGCACCACCCCCUUGAAGACAAGCAUCGGUGGAGAAAUUCAGGCCCUCGAAAUCCCACAGUGAAGGUUUGAUAAGUGAAAUGCGGUGAUAGCGUGGAAGGAAUUCAAACCACCAUUGGAUGUCCAAGAGCAUAGUGGCGGAAAUGGGGUACCGAUGACUAGCAGCGUGAUGGUUGCAUUCGCGAAGACAUUGUAGAAGUCUGGCCAUGAAGAUUCUCCCAGGCUUGACACAUGCCGUAACAAAAGAGAGCUUUCCCAGAAGCGAUUGAAGUUGUCUCUUAGUAAAAGAUGAAGAUUGUUUCCAGAUGAUAAGCUCAGCUCGUAAAUCCUCCAGACGUGAGGCUGGUACCUCUAGAGUGAAGGCUUCAGUAUCAACGGAAAUGCCAAGACAAAUCAUUGAAGUGGAAGGUGGCGUGUCCUUUUCCGGAGAAGAAUCCAAGCCAAGUUGCUGGAAUAAUUGUCCAAGCUGUGAAAAAGCCUGAGGAGCAAGAGACGGAUAUUCGGCUCCGUAAAAGUCAUCCAAAUAGACAUCCGCCGAAAAUCCCUGCCCGUUAAAGAUGUGAACGACGGCUUUGGUUGUGCGCUGACAAAUCAGUGCCGACGAUCGUAAGCCAAAGGGACAACGAGUAUCAAAGUAGAACUGUCCUUGGUAACAAAACCCGAGCAGACUAUAGUCCUUAGGAUCAACAGGAAACUGUCUAUAAGCGCGACGUAAGUCUUUCUUAAACACGAGACAGUUACGGCCUUUAGCGAGAAUAAAGUCAACAAGCCGAUCUAUUCCAGGUAAACGCAACUUAAACUGUUCGCCUAAAUAUGUAUCGGGCGGAAUACCGUCAUUCACUGAAGAUCCUCGGGGAAAGCUAAGAUCCAUAACCACUCUGCGAGUCGAAGAGCCGCGUUUAGGGACCGUUUGAAGCGGAGAACACACAAAGGCGUCUGCGAAGGGAGGAUUAGGGAAAGGACCAGCGAUGGCAUUGUAAGACAGCUCGGUAUCCAGAUAGGUUUGCACGUGAGAGUGAAAGUUUGAAGCGGACGGAUGAUUAUGAGAUGAUGAGACAGGACGUGUAGCGGCAGUGUAGUUGAUGGGCCAACCGUAUGAAAGAAAAUCAACCACAAUGUUAUCAUGAUAAUCAGCAAGCGAGGUUCUCCACGUUGCCAGCAAAAGCGAAGAUGGAACUAAAACCUUAGCGCCGAAAGCAUUUGGUUGAGGAUAACGCGAGGCACGUAAAUAACGUACCACAGCUGCGGUGUUGAAAGAUUCGUGUCCGUGUCCGUUCCGGGUCGAAGAGGUUAAUGUGUUGGGAACUUGUAAAGCUGAUUGUCACUGUGCCGGAAUUGGUGUGCGGCGUUUCGGACAGUGUAACAUCGGAUGAUCCGCUUUGCAGACCCGACAACGAUGGUGUUCGCUAUAGGCUGCACUGUCCUGUUUGUCGCAAUCACAAGUACCAGUGUAAUUCCACGCUCUACAUGCCUUUAGACCGGGUUUGCCUGCCUGCUGAUUUGAAGGUGUGCUAUUGCCAGAAUGCCAAGAAUUCGGUUGCGAAACUUGCGCGAUCUCGUGUUGCGAGGAGGAAGAGCGAAGAUCCGAAUGGCGAAAAAAGGUCGUGGCCUGAUCAUUGAUAGCCUUGGAAUCUUGCCAUUCCAAACGGCGCUGCUCCACUUGUUUCGCAACGAACUUAUGAAAAGCCCGCACGCUGGACCAGGAGUAA